CAACGCUUCAGUUAGGUUUUGACAACAGAUCGCGUAGGAACACAGCUACAGCAACACAGCUACAGCUACAGCUAUAGGGGCAGGCGGGUUACGGUUGCGGGAUACAAAAAAAAAUUAAAUUAUAAAAACGAACGAAACAUUAUAGCUAAAACAACAACGAACCAAAUACAGUACUACCUAAAUUAAACGGACACAAAGCAUUUGUUAAAUAUUUUAUUAUAAACAAAGUUAAAAGUUGUGUUUUACAUUGUUCUAUUGAGUUUUUGUUAUUGACGUUGAAACAAUAUAAGUUGUUCUAUAAUUAAGCAAAGUGUUAACAACCAACGAAUCGAAAUACUACUAUUAUCCAACAUGUCGUUCUCCAAAGCUAAAUUGAAGCGUUUCAACGAUGUGGAUGUCGUGUGCGGCUCACCAGCUGGCUCCGUGCCCAACUCGAACAGCUCGGCAGGGUCCGCUGGCAGUGCCACGCCCACAGCAGCUAGUGCGGCUACAGUGCCGCCGCCAGAGCGAAAAGAGCAGAUUGAGAAGUUCUUUAAGGAUGCCGUGCGUUUCGCCUCCAGCUCGAAGGAGGCCAAAGAGUUCGCCAUACCCAAGGAGGAUAAGAAAUGCAAGGGUUUGCGUCUCUUCCGUACUCCUUCGUUGCCACAGCGCUUGCGUUUCCGUCCAGCGUCUAGCCACACAGCUGAGACCGCUGGCACUUCAAGUGGCGCCUCUACAGCCGCUUCAACACCGUUGCACUCAGCAGCAACUACUCCAGUGAAGGAGGCAAAGUCCGCGAACCGCUUGAAGGGCAAAGAGGCACUGCAGCAGGAGAUACGCAACAAGAACGAGCUCAUUGAGAGCUAUCUCAGCCAACUGGAUGUGGUGCGUCGUCAUGUUGAUCAGCUGAAAGAGACGGAGCUGAAAAUGCGCGAGGAGCACGAGCAGACCACGGCCAAAAUGGAUCAGUUGCUGCAGGCACUUAAUGCCGAGAAUCUGGGCCACAAGGAACGCAACGAGCAGCUGACAGUGGAGCAGACACAGCUCCUCGAGCGCUACGCCAAUCUCGAGCAGCAGCUGCAACUGCAGCGCGAACAACAUGAGCUGCAAGUGGAGCAGCUUCUGGCCGAAAACGAGGCUUACAAGCUGGCUAAUGAGCAGCUGCAGCAAGUCUGCGAGCAGCAGCAAACAGCUCAAGAUCAGCUGAAGGAGCAGCUCAGUGGUCUCCAGGCAGAGGUAGCCCAGGCACGCGACAACUGCAGCUCGGAACAGCAGAAGACCACACAGCACAUGGAGCUCAUCGAGGAUCUGCAGUCGAAGAAUGCGACGCUGCUGUCUGAUGUGCUUCUGCUGAAGCAACAGAUUGAGCAAGAUGCUCUUGCCUAUGGUCAGGAGGCGAAGGUCAGCCAGACAGAGCUGGAGUGUCUACGUGUGGAGCGUAACACGCUGAAGAACGAUCUGGCCAACAAGUGCACGCUGAUCCGCUCUCUGCAGGAUGAGCUGCUCGACAAGAGCUGCGAGAUCGAUGCCCACUGCGACACCAUUCGCCAGCUGUGCCAGGAGAAGGCCAAGCAUGCAGAGCAACAACAGGCGGUUGCCAAGGUCCAACAGCAGGUCGAGAAUGAUCUGGAAAGUGCUGUGGAGCGCGAGAAGUGUUAUUGGCGCGCUGAGCUGGACAAACGCCAGAAGCUGGCCGAAAACGAGCUCAUCAAGAUCGAGCUGGAGAAACAGGAUGUCAUGGUGCUACUGGAGACCACCAACGACAUGCUGCGCCAGCGUGACGAGAAGCUGCAGAAGUGCGAGGAGCAACUGCGAAACGGCAUCGAAUACUACAUCCAGCUGAGCGACACUCUGCAGCAGCAGCUGGUGCAGCUGAAGCAGGAUAUGGCCAAGACCAUCACGGAGAAGUACAACUAUCAGCUGACACUGAACAACACUCGCUCCACGGUCAACAUUCUAAUGGAGCGCCUCAAGAAGUCCGAUGCUGAUGUGGAGCAAUUCAAGGCCGAACUGGAGUCGGUGCAGCUGGCCAAGGGAGCGUUGGAGCAGAGCUAUUUGACAUUGCAAGCAGAUGCGGAGAAGCUGCGCCAGCAGCUCAACGAAUCACAGAAGGCACUUGAAGCGUUGCGCAGUUCAUCGCAGACACUGCAGAGUGAGGAUCGCAUCGAUGGGGACGCACAGUUGGCUCACUACUGCGACAUGUACAGCGAUCUGAAGCGCAAGGACGAGACACGUGAGCUGUACAUGGCCGACAUGAAGAAGGCCCUCGACGAGUUCGCCACAGUGCUGCAGUUCGCCCAGCUUGAGCUGGACAACAAGGAGCAGCUGCUGUUGAAGGUGCGAGAAGAAUGCGAGCAGCUGAAGCUCGAGAACAUUGCCCUCAAAUCGAAGCAACAGCCCACAGUGGCUAUGCUAACCCCGAGUAAAGCAAACAAACCGAAUACUACAGAUCUGGAGAAGAUUGAGGAUCUGUUGAUCGACUCCGAGCUGCGUGCCGAAUGCGACAAGAUCACCUCGUGGCUGCUUAACUCUUCGGAGAAGUGUGUGCGCCAGGACAACAACAGCGAGCUUAACGAGAUCCUCAACUGCAAAUCGCCCAAGACACGCACUCCUCGCACCCCGCACAGUCCACGCACACCGCGCACUCCCAAGUCGGCGACCAGCACUCCGAAGAAAUCGCUGCUCUUUGCCAGCGGAAAGGAGAACAUGCCAAGUCCGCCACAGAAGCAGGUGCUCAAGACGCGGAACAUGUAGAGUCGCCAACGAGGACAAUAGAAUGAUCACAAAAAGCUAACUUUAGGCUAAAUUUUCAACUACAUACAUAAUGAAUUAUUAGAAAUACACAUAUAUAUUUAGUUAAGGCAUGAUGAUGAUGAAUAUGAUGAAAUACAUGAUGUACAUUUGUUGCAUACGACAAUUAGAGGCAAA